GAUGUGCCAAGGCACUAAUCGACUGAUAGUAUCUACAAAAAGCUCUUUCUAUCGUCAUCGUAGGUACCACAACUGAGGACGUUUAUGCAGAUGGCAGCGUCAGUAGAGGACGUUGUAGCUAGUGUGCUGGAGGUAAUACAAAAUCAGAAUAUCGAUGGUGAAGAAGCAAAAGCGUCUAAAAUAAAGGAGGAAGCAAAUCAGUUCUUCAAAGAUCAAGCUUAUGAUGUCGCUAUCGAAUUAUAUACUAUGGCUAUAGAGCACCACCCCACAGCAGUAUUAUACGGAAAUCGAAGUAUGGCUUAUCUCAAGAAAGAACUGUAUGGUAGCGCACUAGAGGAUGCUAACAAUGCUAUAUCUAUCGAUCCCACCUAUAUGAAGGGUUAUUACCGUCGAGCGACGGCCAAUAUGGCUCUGGCUCGGUUUAAAAAAGCCUUAGCUGAUUAUGCGGCUGUUGUUCGAGCACAUCCGAAUGAUGCUGACGCAAGACGCAAACAUGAUGAAUGUCAAAAGAUCGUACGACGGAUUGCGUUCGAAAAAGCCAUCUCUGUGGAUCACGAUAAGAAAAGCAUAUCUGAGUCAAUUGAUCUCAGCACUAUGAUCGUUGAAGAAAGCUAUGAUGGACCUCACCUAGACGAUGUUAUAACUGUCGAAUUUGUUAAUGAGAUGAUGGCGACCUUCAAAAAGCAAGGAAAAUUGCACAAAAAAUAUGCCUUCAAGAUUCUACUAGAUAUCUAUGCUUACUUCAAAGAUCAACCAACGUUAGUAGAAAUAGAUGUGCCUCCAAAACAACGUUUCACAAUUUGUGGCGAUAUCCACGGACAAUUCUACGAUCUCUGUAAUAUUUUCGAUAUCAAUGGUCUUCCCUCGGAGAAGAAUCCUUAUUUGUUCAAUGGGGACUUCGUGGAUCGCGGUUCAUUCAGCGUAGAAACCAUAUUUACAAUGUUCAGCUACAAGCUGUUAUACCCAAAUCAUUUCUUCUUAUCCAGAGGAAACCACGAAAGUGAUGUAAUGAACAAGAUGUAUGGUUUCGAAGGUGAAGUCAAGAAGAAGUUUACAAAUCAGAUGGCUGAUUUCUUCACGGAAAUAUUUUGUCAAUUGCCCCUAUGUCAUCUGAUCAAUAGGAAGAUUUUUGUUUGUCAUGGAGGAUUGUUCAAAGAAGACGGUGUUACACUAGACGACAUCCGAAAAACAGACCGAGUUAGGCAACCGCCAGAUGAAGGAAUCAUGUGCGAUCUGUUGUGGUCUGAUCCACAAGAUCUACGAGGGCGUGCUCCAUCAAAGCGUGGUGUCGGCUGUCAGUUUGGCCCUGAUAUCACUGACGCAUGGCUGUCAAAAAAUGGUGUGCAAUAUGUGAUCAGGAGCCACGAGGUAAAGCCCGAAGGAUAUGAAGUUCAUCACAAUGGAAAAUGCAUCACAGUUUUCUCUGCGCCCAACUACUGUGACCAGAUGGGAAACAAAGGCGCGUUCAUCACGAUAACUGGAGACAAUUUGACGCCCAAGUUUACCUCGUUCGAGGCAGUGCCUCAUCCUAUGGUGCCGCCGAUGGUGUAUGCAAAUAGUCUCUUCGGCUUUGCCUGAUAGAUAUAGGUUUAUUCCUUGUUAGCUCGUAUGUUUUGUUACUGUUACUUGUUUGUCUUCGCUCACACUAAAUUCCAUAGAUCACUGUGCUGUUAUGGUCUAACACAAGACCUCGUCCUCAUGCACAUGAUGAGAAUCAGUCUCUAAUCAUGUCAUAUAUACUCCUGCGUUCCCGACCCCCACUUAAACUAUUUUAUCGUAUUUACGUUCAGGGUGUACAGUACAGUACCUGCAUACCUGAAAAAACGAAUCGUUUUUGUGAUUGAAUUAGCACCUGUUACGUCCUUGUUUGAAUGUGUAAUGUUGGUCGAAAUCAAACCGAUAACUCGCUCGAAUAGUUUUCGGUGAAAUGGCACUGCUCUUUGCGCAGCAGUAGCUUAUUUAUACUGCGUAUAAUCUUGAUUCAGUCGUCAUCCAUACUUGCAUAUGAAAAUAAAUGUCCAAUAUGAAUCUGUUGAAGAUGCGUAGACUGUUCAU